UUAAACUUUCAAGGCCAUAAAAACCCCAAAUUGACUUAGGUUCGUGGUUAUUUCAUCGGAAGCCCCGUCGACGCUUGGUGUGUUUCCGUCCGGGCGCCGCCGCAACGCGUUGUUCCCACAAGUUAUAAGUUAAACCUACUCCAGUAGUACCUCUCUUCAUUAUGGAGAUCAAUGCAGAUGGAAAAGAUGGCUCCUUAGUUUUGCUGAAGCAAGGUGCUGAAGCUCGGGUUUUUGAGUCAACCUUUGUGGGAAGGAGGUCCAUUGUUAAGGAACGCUUCUCAAAGAAGUAUAGACAUCCAACUUUGGAUUCAAAGCUUACCAUCAAACGCCUAAAUGCUGAGGCUAGAUGUACGACUAAAGCUAGACGCCUUGGAGUUUGUACUCCAGUGCUUUAUGCUGUUGACCCCAUCCUACAUACCCUAACUUUCGAGUAUGUGGAGGGUCCCUCUGUAAAGGACGUCUUCCUCGACUUUGGAUCAAAUGGUGUUGUGGGAGAACGAAUGGAUGACAUUGUAGUGCAGAUUGGUGAUGCAAUUGGCAAACUACAUGAUGGUGGCCAAAUUCAUGGUGACUUGACCACAUCAAACAUGUUGAUCAGGGAUAAUACCAAUCAGCUGGUUCUCAUUGACUUUGGCUUGAGCUUCACUUCAACUCUUCCGGAAGAUAAAGCAGUUGAUUUGUAUGUACUUGAACGAGCUUUGCUCUCUAUGCAUUCUUCAUGUGGGAAUGUGAUGGAUCGGAUUCUUGCUGGAUAUAGGAAGUCUUCAAAACAGUGGUCAUCCACCCUAAACAAACUAGCUGAAGUCCGCCAAAGAGGUAGAAAGCGCACCAUGGUUGGGUGACCUUCAACGAUUCUGUCCGCAGUAAGAUAUGCUUAUUCGUAGCCCGUAGGAGUAGUGCUGCAAUGCUGCUUAUGAAAGAUGAAGGCUAUGGAAAAGGGCAAAAGAAAGUCAGUACAGCUGGUAGGGUGGUGUGAAUCUAUGCUCCAUGGGUAACGAGAUGAUUUUGAGUACUUUGUUGAAGACCAGAUUGUUGAAACUGUUGUGCCUUAUGGUUGUAAUCCUAGUUUUCCUCGGCCUAUCAUACGAUUCACUCACUUGUGUAUCUUGAUGAUUUUCUCUAUUCUCAUUUUAAUCGUUAUGGUUCCCCGUCCCUAUUCUCCUCUUCAAA